AUGCCAGUCAGCACACGCACCAGCGAAUGGACGAUGCAGACAAUGGAAUGGAUUUCAACAAAAAUAUGGAUCGACCUCAUCCUGACAAUGAAGCUUGAGGAGGAUGAAGCUUACGAUGUUCUCAAGCGCCACCAUGCAAAGAACGGGCAGCAAAAAGCUCCUUCACCAACCUAUCUGUCAAAGGGGAAGGGAAAGGAAUGGGCACGCACUUUUAAGCUGCCUGGAGGAACUUCUACUGUUCAAGCGUCUCCACGUCGACAAUCAUCUCAGCAAGACAGAUAUGUACGCACUUCAUCUUCAUGUACGCAGUCUCCUCUUCGGCGCCCAUCUCGACCAAUCACUUCCUCAAGUCGCAGUCAUACACAGCCCACAUCUCGUAGGAGCUCUCCACCACGUUCUCCAUCUGACCCUAUUCUACCUUCAAGCCGUGAACGUUCUCGUACCUCUACACCUGAAGAUGCUCAUCAAUCCAGCAACAGCAAACGAAAGGUCAAGACAAACCAAGAGGAUCCCUCGAAGCUAGGAUUUUAUCCGCCCACUUGGCAAACAUUCCUGCAGACGGCCAAGUUAGAGAUGCGGUUGCAAGCUGUUCUAGCUACUCCAGUUCCGGAAUCCCAGGAAGCCCUUAACCUUGCAAGAGAAGUCUUGCCCACUGUGCUAUGGACAUACCACGAGAAGAAGAUUAAACUCGAGAGAGGCUACUUUCUGGAGUACAGCACACAGAUGUGCCGGCUGCUUUGCAAUGAUCUCUUUACAUUUCGCACAGAACUCAAGAAAAUUGUCGUCUCUAUUGCCAAAAGGGCAUACAAUAUCUUCCCGCAGGGCUCCACAAUGCUCCUCAAGAGUGGUGACUACCUCCGGCUCCCUGACUCAUCUGGUGGAAAUUUCAAGAACUUCACAGUGCAGGCUCUCAAGGACGUUUGUCUCGAAUUCUACUACAGCAACAGUAAGAAAGCAUUAAAGAACACGGACGAAUUCCACCAAACAAUCCCCAUUAAUGCAAUGCUUCUUGUAGCAGCGGUGUUGAAGGGCGUUAUCUCUGGCUUUCGUGAGACUGGCACCGACAAGGUUCCUGAAUUAACCACUGAGCAAUGUAGGGCCCACUUCGUCAACUUACAGAAAUCGAUUGACACCCUGCUCGACAUUCCGGAGCGUCGCGAAGAGCUUGAAGACAUGUUGGAGCAAUGGGCUAGGAUUGGCAUGGGGGAUUUCAAUGAGUAUGCAGAUGGGAAUGCAUUACAUCCCGCUUGGAGAGACGCUCGAGUAUUAUUCCAGCUUCGCAAAUCUGAUCACAUCCUCAUGCCCAUGUCCAUUGUUCUCGAGCGUGAAAACGAGGAGCGUCGCCAGUUGGAGCGGGAGUUGUCUUUGAUGGCACUAUCGAGUCCAGUUGCUUCUUCCGCAUCAACUUACACAUCAUCUUCAGCAUCCAUGUAUUCGUCAUCUUCAGCAUCCAUGUACUCGUCAUCUUCAGCAUCCACUUACACGUUGUCUUCAGGAUCAACACGUCCUUCAUCAGUGCCGUCUAUUGCAUCGGAGAUACUGACUGCCAACUCGCUGCCACCUCUAAGCUGGGAUAGUACAAGCAACCAAGAUGAAUCAGGAUAUCACUCCCCAUCUCAUGAUCAUCGAUCCCGCCGCGACACAGCAUUGUCCUCACUCUCUGACGAGAAGAUCGGAUCAAGUCCCCUAGAGCACCAUCCCGACACUGCCAUGUUCUCAAUGCCCACUUACCCUUCGCGAGAUCUCCUCAUCUUCUUCCCUCCUCCUACUCACGUCUGUCGUCUGCACUCGUUUGAGCCAUGUCAGCAGUUGCUGACGUGCACUGGGCGUUUGCGCAUGGUGUUCGUGGUAUUGGGAAUGGCGUGGUGGAUGGCAUUGAUCAUUUUGUUCUUGAAAGCCGUCAUUGAGCCCAAGCCAAGCCGCGGCUUUGGCCUGGCUUGGGCUCACAGCUUGGCCUGA